GUCCCGGCGGCCAUUGCUCCAAGAUGGCGGCGGCGGCGGCAGCGGGAGCGCAGCUCAGCUGGGCUGGAACUGCCCUCCUGGAACUCCCCCAGCCUGCAACCUAGGAGGUGCAGGGACUGAGGCUCAGGCCAAAUCACAACUCAGACCUGGUGAACCCAAGGCCUGAAGAGAAUUUGGAUUCAUUUACAUUGUUUUGUGGGGACUGGAGAGACAAGUAAACUCUCAGCUUAACUGUCCCCUCCCGCUCUGACUACCAUUUCUAAGGCAAGCCCCCUGUUUCUACUCUUGCGCCCCCUGCUGGUUUCCUGCCCUAUCUGAUGCCCCGGAGGCACAGCUAGCCCCAGACUUCGGCCACAUGCGGCUCACCCGCUGCCAGGCUGCCCUGGCGGCCGCCAUCACCCUCAACCUUCUGGUCCUCUUCUAUGUCUCGUGGCUGCAGCACCAGCCUAGGAAUUCCCGGGCCCGGGGGCCCCGCCGUGCCUCUGCUGCCGGCCCCCGUGUCACCGUCCUGGUGCGGGAGUUCGAGGCAUUUGACAACGCGGUGCCCGAGCUGGUAGACUCCUUCCUGCAGCAAGACCCGGCUCAGCCCGUGGUGGUGGCAGCCGACACGCUCCCCUACCCGCCCCUGGCCCUGCCACGCAUCCCCAACGUUCGUCUGGCACUGCUCCAGCCCGCCCUGGACCGGCCAGCCGCAGCCUCGCGCCCGGAGACCUACGUGGCCACCGAGUUCGUGGCCCUAGUACCUGAUGGGGCGCGGGUUGAGGCACCUGGCCAGCUGGAGCUCAUGGUGGAGGCGCUCCGCGCGGGAAGCGCACGUCUGGUGGCCGCCCCGGUUGCCACGGCCAACCCUGCCAGGUGCCUGGCCCUGAAUGUCAGCCUGCGAGAGUGGACCGCCCGCUAUGGCGCAGCCCCAGCUGCGCCCCGCUGCGACGCCCUGGACGGAGAUGCUGUGGUGCUCCUGCGCGCCCGCGACCUCUUCAACCUCUCGGCGCCCCUGGCCCGGCCGGUGGGCACCAGCCUCUUUCUGCAGACCGCUCUUCGCGGCUGGGCGGUGCAGCUGCUGGACUUGACCUUCGCCGCGGCGCGCCAGCCCCCGCUGGCCACGGCCCACGCGCGCUGGAAGGCUGAGCGCGAGGGACGCGCUCGGCGGACGGCGCUGCUCCGCUCGGUGGGCAUCCGCCUAGUCAGCUGGGAGGGCGGGCGGCUGGAGUGGUUCGGCUGCAACAAGGAGACCACGCGCUGCUUCGGAACCGUGGUGGGCGACACGCCCGCCUACCUCUACGAGGAGCGCUGGACUCCCCCCUGCUGCCUGCGCGCGCUGCGCGAGACCGCCCGCUAUGUGGUGGGCGUGCUGGAGGCUGCGGGCGUGCGCUACUGGCUCGAGGGCGGCUCACUGCUGGGGGCCGCCCGCCACGGGGACAUCAUCCCAUGGGACUACGACGUAGACCUGGGCAUCUACUUGGAGGACGUGGGCAACUGCGAGCAGCUGCGGGGGGCAGAGGCCGGCUCGGUGGUGGAUGAGCGCGGCUUCGUAUGGGAGAAGGCGGUCGAGGGCGACUUUUUCCGCGUGCAGUACAGCGAAAGCAACCACCUGCACGUGGACCUGUGGCCCUUCUACCCUCGCAAUGGCGUCAUGACCAAGGACACGUGGCUGGACCACCGGCAGGAUGUGGAGUUCCCCGAGCACUUCCUGCAGCCCCUGGUGCCCCUGCCCUUUGCCGGCUUCGUGGCGCAGGCGCCUAACAACUACCGCCGCUUCCUGGAGCUCAAGUUCGGGCCUGGGGUCAUCGAGAACCCCCAGUACCCCAACCCGGCACUGCUGAGUCUGACGGGAAGCGGCUGAAGCCCUGAUAACCUCGCCUUUGUUUUUCGGGGGUCUGUCUGGAUGUGGAGAAGCUCUGUGUGAGCGGUGAGGGGUGGAGGGAUGUCGCGGAGAGGGAAAGAGGGAAACUGACCAAGAAAGAAAUUCGAAGGAGAGCACGAGAGAAGGCUGGCAUUGGCAGGAGGAGAGCACCAGGACGAGGAUGGGAAGCGACCUCCAGAUUUAUCAAAUGGUCAUGCCCACUGGGAGCCGUGGAUAUGCGUGGGGACAUCCUGGGUCAUCCCAGUCAUGGAGGGAGACGGGGAUGUCAUGCCGUCCCGCAGGGCCCAGCACGGCCCCAGACCCGAAAAAAGUGUCCUGCCCAAGAUUCCGAGAGCCCUGCGCUCUAGGGCAGGGGCAGAGUCUUGGAAACAGUGCAGGCUCUGGAGCCACACUGGCAAGAUUCAAAUCCUGGCUCUAUCGCUUCGGAGCCAGGUGGGCCUGGGGGCGCGUCGCCGUCUCUCUGUGUCUCAGUUGCUUCCAGAAUGCGGGACCUUUGGCUGCAGGGGUUGCUUCCGCCACUAGAGGGCGCGCCGGUCCCGCUCCUGGUGGCCCACCGUGGCUGCCCGGGCGACAGUACGCCCAGGGCCUCUGUUCCAUAGCCAUCUACUCUCUUGAGCCUUUGGACUUCUCUCCAAGCCCCUGUGGGAGGCGGACAGCAGUGACCACCUCCCCUUCUUUCGGACUGCGACCUCCUUCCCUCCUGGGAGAGCCCUGUGACCUGCAUGCUACUCUUAACUAUUCUAUUCAAGACUGAAUAGAAGUAUUUCAGUCUUGCAGAGGAGGAACUGCUCAGAGCUCCGAGGUGCGGCUGUGGUCGAGAACCGGGUGCUGGGCCGGGCGCGGGGGCUCACGCCUGUAAUCCCAGCACUUUGGGAGGCCGAGGUGGGAGGAUCGCUUGAGCCCAGGAGUUUGAGGCCAGCCUCGGCAACAUGCCAAGACCGCGUCUCUAUUUUUAAAAAAGAAAAAGAACCGACUUCUGAAUCUCAGCUCCACUCAUGAUUAUUACCUCAUUAUUUCAGCUGUCUGCACCUAAUUCCCCACUUGCACGGCAGGGUAGACAAUAACCAUAGCUCACACUCGCUGAGCACCUACUGGGUACCAGGCACCAUUCUCAGUGUUUCACCUGGAUCAACUAAUGCGUCCCUCACCUCAGCCCUCUGAAGUGACAGCUGCUAUUAUUUUCAUUAUACAGAUGAAGAAGCUGAGGCCAGAAUCGUGAAGUCACUUGCUCAAGGUCAGGCAGCUUAGGAAGGGGCAGAUCGGGGGCUUGAACCCAGGUGGUCAGGCUCUGGAGCCCACAAUUGUCUUACCCACUAUGCCCCUCUCUAGUCAUGGUCCCCAAGAGGGGCUUGGAGACCCACUUAGCAGGUGAAAGCAAUGGCAGCCUUCCUUAUUUGAUUAUGCACCUAAGAAUAAAUGGUAUUUGGGCAUGUAUUCCCAAUAUGUGUAUAUUUAUUUAUAAAUACAUACAGAUACUAUUAUCUGUAUGUUAGUAAUAAAGCUUAUUCAAUUUUAAAA